CCCUAAACAAAGACGCGACUCUGCUUCUUACUGCCAUCAUAACAACCUUCGCGUCCUUGUUGACUUCAUUUCUCACAUUCGCUGAUCAGUGCUUGCCCCACUCAAAUAGUCUCAGCAACUACACCCCUUGAGCUCUUCGUGCCCAUACCAACGUGUUUGCUCAGUGUCCAACUAUUUGUGUACAUCGGACCUUCCUCGAAUAGAAACCUUUUGACAUUCCAUUCUCCCUCUCAUGGCACCCAAAACUACCGGAGGGAAGUCUAAGUCGGGCGCACCCACUCAAGCAGCAGGAGGGGUUGCAGGGUCUGGUGCCACUACGACACCAAGAACGAUACAGACUCGUAGCCAGAAAGCUGGGCUCCAGUUUCCUGUCGGUCGUAUCCAUCGUUAUCUGAAACAGCGUACGCAGCACAAUGUGCGUAUUGGAGCAAAGGCUGCCGUCUACACCAGCGCAAUAUUGGAGUAUCUCACUGCUGAAGUGCUUGAACUUGCCGGAAAUGCAUCGAAGGACUUGCGCGUGAAGCGUAUAACGCCGCGGCACUUGCAGCUUGCCAUUCGAGGAGAUGAAGAACUCGAUAUCCUUGUCCGCGCAACAAUCGCCGGAGGCGGUGUAUUGCCAUUUAUCCACAAGAGCUUGACAGCUAGUACGGGCAAGAGCAAGAAGCUCGAGGGACAACAGCAGUAAUUGCCGUUGGAAUGUUACAGCGGGCGUUGAUUUUAUCUAUUCACGCUGUGAGCGCGGCAAUCAGCUGAACUAACUUUAUUUUACUCCUGUUUGUGUUACUUGCAUCUGUAGUUUGUUUUGUGUCGAAUACAUGAAUGAGACUGUCUGAUCGGCAGUUUACCAACUGCUGACUUCGUCUCUAUCUGUACGUUCCUUCCUUAAGUCCAGAAGAAUAGUGUCCAACUUUAUCGUGCUACAAUUCGAUCGUGAAAUGUACAAAAUAAUUUCCAGAGUCUACUUGCAUGUAUUGUAGCAUUUCCUCAAUC